AUGUUUGGUACUAUGUCUAAAUCUAUACUCAACUUAUCAAAAAGCCAGCCUUUUGGCGCAAGUUUUCGCUACUUUCAUGUGUCUCAGGUAGCAUGGGCCAAGAAUAAGAAGAACAAGGCACCUCCAGCUUCUGCGGGAUCUGCCUCUGUCUCUAAUGACGAGGGUGUCCUUGAACUCGAUAUAGACUCCAUAGAAUCUAAGUUCAAGUCUGUAGUUGAAAAUUUUAACAAGCACGCCGCAGAAGCCAAGUUAGGAAAGACUAACCCUAGUAUAUUCGAUAAAUUGAAGAUCACCAUAGACAACAAAUCCAAAGUCCCCUUCAACACUGUAGCCCAGACGAUGGUUCAAGGUGGUAGAAACUUCGUUAUUACUGUAUUUGAUCCCUUGCAUACUCAGGGAAUCAUUAACGCAGUUCUUGACUCGGGUUUGAACAUGAAUCCUCAAAGAGAUCCUAGCAAUAAACAGACUUUGAAGGUUCCCUUACCUCCACCUACUGUGGAAAGUAAAAAGGAUGCAGCAAAGGUCUUGAAGACUGUCUAUGAAAAUUUGAAAAAUAACUCAUCAUCUGGUCGUAACUCCGAUCCAACAUUAGCCUCAGUUAGAAACGCUACUAAGGAUACUAUUCUGAAGUUCGUCAAGAAGCUGAAGAGGAAGUUAUCAGAUUCUGAAAAGAAGCUUGAAAGUGAAUUUGACAAUUUACAUAAGAGCUACACGGAUAAACUUACUGAAGCAUUCAAGGCUGCUGAGAAGUCUUUAUUAAAGUAG